AUGGCAGGUGCAAAUGGCCAGGCGCAGCCGGUCAUCGAUAAGCGCGACUUCGACAGGAAUCGUCAGUCAGCCUCUCCACAUGAACCUAACGCUCAAGAGCGCGAUGACUUGCUUGGCUCGCGCCCCCACUCGAGUCUUUCUAUGAGCAAUCGGUUUAGCGACAACAAUGAUGGCCUCCUGAGUGACGUGGUUGAGGAAAUCGUGGAAAGGGACCGACGGAAGAUAGCGAGGAAGGUUGUCCGCAUAGGCAGCUUCGUUUGGGGAAUCGUUACUUGUCUCGGCGCAGGGAGCAUUACAGCGUUCUCGCUAUACGGACCGUUGCUGUUGACUCGUUUACACUAUACCCAGCUACGGGUGAAUGAGGUCUCCAUUGCAGCCGGUGUAUCAAUGUAUCUCCCAGUGUCUCUGGCGGGAUAUCUUUGCGAUCGUUAUUCGCCAUCUCCAUUGACUUUAUUCGCGGGGAUUACUUUCGGCUUCGGUUACCUCCUUGCGGCUUCCGUGUACAAGAGUGGGCCACCUCCGGAUGCUGGCGGUUCGGGAUAUCCAUUCUGGGUAAUGGUAGUGGCAUUUGUCGCUAUUGGGAUGGCUACGUGCAGUAUGUACUUGGCUGCCGUGACGACAUGUGCAAAGAACUUUGGCAGGGGUAAGCACAAGGGCAUCAUCCUAGCUGUUCCCAUUGCAGCAUUCGGCCUGAGUGGAAUGUGGCAAAGCCAGGUUGGAACCUACCUCCUGUGCGAACGCCUGGGAGAUGGAAGCUGCGGCGAUGUCGACGUCUACAAAUACUUUGUCUUUCUUGCGAUUCUUCUUGUAACCAUUGGAGUCAUUGGUACCUUUGCACUCCGGAUCGUGGAUGAGGAAGAGGAGACUUACAUUGAUGAAGCGGUCGAGGAGUUGGAGCGAAGCGGCUUGUUAGCAGAGAGUGAAUUCUUCCAACCACGCAGCGAAGUGAGCGCUACGUACGGGACCUUCUCCGAGAAUGACGAGAAUCAUCAGUCUGACGACAACCAAUCCGUUACCUUGUCAGAAGAAAGGCGGGAGGCCGCAAGACGUGAGAAAGAGAGAGAAGAGGAAGAGCGCAGAAAGAAGAAUUGGUUGCUGAAUUAUGAAACGAGGACUUUCCUUGCGGAUCACACUAUGUGGUGGCUUGCUCUGGGAUUCUUUUUGGUUACUGGCCCAGGGGAAGCCUAUCUUAAUAACCUGGGAACAAUUGUACAAACCCUGAAUUCAGACUCAACGGCCUUUAUCGACGAACACCCCGCCGGCCUGCCCUCUACACACGUCACAAUAAUAGCGCUUACGUCCACCAUAGCCCGACUUUUAACUGGCUCACUCUCUGACUUAUUUGCCCCCACCACUAACCACUACCAUCUCACUGCGGAUCAGGAAGCUGCAAGCACAGAGCAAUCCACGACCAAACACCACCCUACGCUCUCACGAAUUGCGUUCCUUAUUCCAUCGGCGCUCCUCCUCUCCCUGGGAUUUCUCCUCCUCUCGUCCCCAUUUCCGACUAGCCACCCAGAGCUCUCCCACCUAACCACUGCCCUCGUCGGUCUCGGCUACGGAAGCGCAUUCUCCUUAGUUCCAAUCAUCAUCUCCGUAGUUUGGGGCGUCGAGAACUUUGGCACAAACUGGGGCAUUGUCGCCAUGUUCCCCGCCGCGGGUGCGGCCAUGUGGGGUGUCAUUUACUCACGCGGAUAUCAAGAUGCCGCGGAUCGCUCGCCGACAGACGACGGACAGUGCCAAGGUUGGAGGUGUUUCGGCUUCUGGUCCAUCGGGUGUACAGUAAGCGUCUGGGUUGCAGUUGCAGCCUGGUUGGUUGCUUGGGGGUCAUGGCGACGAAGGGGGGUUGUUGUCUGA